CACCCCUACACCCAUCCUACAGCUCCAAGGCGGUGUAAAAUUCUGCCCCGUGAUUGGCCAACUACCUCGAGCAGCAUCUUUCGCAGCUCUUGACUGCACCAACAGCCAGCAACAGAUACCAACCACCCUCACCACUCCUUCCAACGAGCACGCGACCGGCGACCGAUUUUCGAUUCCGACCGAGGAGGAUUUUGUCUAGCGAUACUGUGGUUGAAUUGUCUAUACGAUACGAUUUGCACACGCGGUGGUCGGACGAGACAGGAUAACAGAUCUUCACCGUCAGGAUGAGUUUUCAACCCGUCAACCCGCGGCCGUUUUUGCAGGCUAGGGUCGGAACGGAAAUGAUCGUGCGCCUGAAAUGGGGCCAGACGGAAUACAAGGGCACACUGGAGAGCAUCGACUCGUACAUGAACGUGCUGCUGCGGGAUACGGAGGAGUUUAUCGACGGGAAGAACACAGGAUCACUGGGGUUGGUGUUGAUUCGGUGUAACAAUAUCCUGUGGAUGGGGUCGGCGGACAGUGUUGAGAUGACGGAGUUGGGGCUGAAGUAGUGCAUAUAAACUCAUCAUGGGGGAUUUUUUUUUUUUUUUUUGUUUUUUUUACUAUUAUGUUUGUCAUGUUCUAUUCCUGGCAAUGGCGUUCAAGGCAAAAGUGAUCACAUCUGGUGACUUUCCAUUCCCACUACAGAGUACAUUUACUUGUAUUACUCAAUAGCGGAGUCGUAAGCUUGCCACUGUUGACAGUACAAUUCGAAGGGCUGCUAUCAGGGUCUAUCUAUCCGUCUAUCUAUUAAGUGUAUUUUAU